AUGAGUAUUCACUCUAUCCCAGAAAGGCUCCUCAUUGCAUUCGAAUCAUGCCUCCCUUCGUGGUUUCGACAAGAACGUAGUGCUCCCGAAAAGUUUCAGUCCUCGGAAAAUGCUGAAACAAGCGGCUCUCCUCCAACUGACAGCUCACGGAAUGAUUUAGAAACGAAUGAAAUAGGAGAUGCUCCAUCAACUACUUCUGACGUUGAAACAACCACUGAAGUAACUUCUGUGACAUCCAAUCAGAAAGAAUUAGAAGAAGAAAAGAAAUUACAAGAAGUUGUCAAAGAAUUGACGGAUAAAGAAGCAGAGUAUGAGGAUGAAUAUGAAGAAGAACAAGAGGAAGAAGACGCAGAAGAAGCAUUAAAAUACAACGAAGACGCUACUCGAGAUGCCACAUCAACACUCAAACCAUCAGUUCGAAAAGAGAUUGAAAAGUUGAAAGAAGCAAAAUGCAAAGAUUACUGUCAUCACAACGCGACGUGCCACGUGGAAGUGAUAUUCCGUGAUGAUCGAAUUUCAGCAGUGGUUCCUUCUUGCCAUUGUCCACACGGUUGGGAAGGUACUCGCUGUGAUCGUCACUACGUACAGGCGUUUUACGCCCCGAUCAACGGCAGAUAUAAUCAGUCUUCAACAUCAGCUAUUCCUGCAUUCGCAUUUCUUAUCGUCAUGCUCAUUAUGUUCAUCGCAAUUGUUAUCUACGCUUACAGAAGAAUGUCAAAGCGUACAGAUGAUAUGACGUAUACAAUGAGUCAUAUGUGUCCACCUGACGCUUUCAAUGUCUUGAAAACUCCAAAUGGGCAGCAUAUUCCUGUGCACCAAAUGACAUCUUGCCCUCAUUCUGCCGGACAAUCUACAGUAAUCCCUUCAACUCCACAUCCAUCGUCAGCUCCUGGAUCAAGAGUACCAAUGAGACAACAAGCGGUGCGGAAUGUCGAUCAAGCCAGAAACAACUUUUUCAGUAUUCUUCGAAGUCAGGGUACUAUUCCGUCCAGGAGCAUAAAUGACGACGAUACGCCGAAGCACUAUAAGUCAGUGCCGCGUGUCGAAGUUUCAGCAAUCAAUUAUUCCGGGCAUAUUGACUUUUCCACCAUAUCUUUUCAAUCGACAGAUUCAGAAGUUUCAAAAGCAUCUAAAACGUGCCCACCGCCUACACACUGUGUGAUUAAUAUUGAACAAGAAUCCGUGGAAAUGAAUUUCCGAUCACCAUCCCGAAGUUCGGGAGAACCAGGAUCUCCCGCAACUUGCGAACCGAUGAUCCCUCAUAUGCAUCUAUAA